AUGUCCUUCCGUCUUUUAGUCCGUCGUACUGCCCCCACUCUACGUCGUUUCUCCACAGAAACCCCUGUCGCAGGAAAGAAUGCAUAUCUCGCCAAUCUUGAAGCCGUAGAACACCAUGCGGCCGAAACCACGGAGCUUUGGCGCAAGAUUUCGCACUACGUCUGUCUACCUGCUAUUGCUGUCUGCGCUGCUUGGGUUUAUAACAUCGAAAUGGAACACAAAGCUCAUCUCGAACAUGAAAUGGCGGAGAAUGACGGUCAUCUCCCUGCCCCGCCGGCAUACGAGUAUCUCAAUGUCAGGCGCAAACCAUUCCCUUGGGGUCCAAACAGCUUGUUCUACAACUCUGAGGUCCAGCAGAACCUCUCUGAAGAGUGA